AUGGUCCGUCAUCGAGUAACACGGGACACACCGAAGACCGAAAGCGUCGGAAGGGGUAGCCACAACGGCUUGCCAGUGUCACGCGGAACGGAGCAUUCCAUAGCGGCCUCACAUGAACCGCGCCACAAUGUAAAUUUACGGGAAACCAAGCACGAAUCUGGUGGGACGGUACUAGUCGGUAGUAACACCAAUUUCCGCCUGGCAACUUUUUCCGCGGAUAACCCGUCCACAUCAGCAUUCAAUCCUACAUACAAUGCAGCCUAA